GAGCGUGGGUCUGUGGAAAACACCCAAACAGCUUUUCGCUUCACGCGACACGUGCUGAACCGUGAAACUGGCAAAGUCUUUGAAGAAGUCAUUCCUGGCCCGGUAUGGUCCAUACUGAAGGGCUUGUAUGCAACGACUGCGUGCGGGAUUGUUCCUGCACAUCCUCUGAGAUGCUGCUUGCGCAGGCUGACCCAACAUGCGGGCCGCAAGAUGCGCUCAACUGCCAGCAAGAAGGAUGUCCAGAAGUUUGUCGAUGUAUAUAACAUUGACAUGGACGAGGUGUUGCUUCCGCUGGGCGAGUUCCAUACAAUGAAUGACUUUUUCACUCGGGAGCUGAAGCCUUCCGCACGUCCCAUUCACAGCCCUCAGGACGCGAGCGUUUUUGUCAGCAGCGCAGACUGCCGAGCCAUCGUGUUUCCAAACAUUGAAGAGGCGGCACGCGUUUGGAUCAAGGGCUCCAAGUUCUCUGUGACUGAACUCCUGGGUAGCUCUGCCGCUGCAGAGCCUUUCCUGCGGAAGUCAGGUUGUUCCGUGGCUGUUCUCCGUCUGGCGCCACAGGAUUACCAUCGCUUCCACUUCCCCUGCGGCCCGGGCCAGGUCUUGAGCCAAAACUGUUUGAUUGGGGAGUACUACUCAGUGAAUCCAGUCGCCAUGAACAACUCCAACGUGGACGUCCUCACGGAGAAUUGCAGAUCGGUCAGCAUUCUUCAGCAUGCCGGCUUUGGUUUGGUUGCCUUCGUAGCUGUGGGCGCAACGCUGGUGGGGUCCGUGGAGCUUCUCAGAAAGGAAGGCUCGGACUUCCAGAAAGGAGAUUGCUAUGGAUACUUUCAGUAUGGAGGGUCUACUUGCGUCGUUCUGACAGAGCCUGGAGCUGUUCAAUGGGACACGGACCUUUGUGAGGAUGGGAGAGAGGAUGGGCACAUGUGCCAACUGAGCGUGGCCUUGGUGUUCUGCACCAGCUUCACCUGUGAAGGUGCUAAAGCGGAGGCAGUCGGCCCAUGGAUGCUGGGUCGUUGGUCCCGAGCGCUUAAAGUGGGUCUCGUGGGCAUGCCGAACGUUGGCAAGAGCACGCUCUACAACACGUUGAGCAAGUCUCAUCACUCAAAGACCGCAAAUGUGCCGUUCUGCACGAUUGACCCGACAGAGACCCGAGCCUUUUUGGAGGAUGACCGAUUUGACUGGCUUGUGGCGCAGCACAAGCCGAAAAGCGAAGUGAAGGCAUUCGUCACAGUGGUUGACAUUGCCGGCUUAAUUUCCGGAGCCCACAAAGGUGAAGGUUUGGGCAAUGCAUUCCUCUCUCAUAUUCAGUCCGUGGAUGGUAUCGUGCACGUCAUGCGUGCAUUUGAAGAUGACGACGUCAUCCAUGCCGAGGACACGGUUGAUCCUGUCCGUGACAUCAAUACCAUAUGCGGCGAGCUGCGAAUGAAAGACAUCAGUUACAUGAAGGGCAAGGUUGAGAUGCACAAGAAGGGCCAUGCGGCAGCUAGGACCAAGUCGCCCGCCCAUCUGAAGAAGUGGGAGGAGGAGCUGGAAACCAUGGAGAAGGUGAUUGCAUGGAUGGAGGAAGGAAAGGAUGUCAAGAACGGCAUGGACCGGUGGACCACCAAAGACAUCGAGUUUAUCAACGACUACGGCUUGCUCACAGCAAAGCCUUGCAUGUACGCAAUCAACAUGAACAAGAAGGACUUCUGCCGAAAAAAGAAUAAAUUCCUGAAGCCCAUCUACGAUUGGGUACAGGCCAACUCCCCUGGCAGUGCCAUGAUCCCUUAUUGCGGUGCCUAUGAAGAGGAGCUGCAAGACAUGGAGACCGAGGAGGAGCGACAGAAACAGCUAGCAGAGGACGGCGUUAGCAGCGCCAUGCCAAAGAUGAUUACCACAGCUUUCCACAUGGUACACCUCAUCAAUUUCUUCACCGCAGGCCCUGAUGAAGUGAAGGCUUGGACAGUCCGCAAGGGAUACAAGGCACCCCAAGCGGCUGGAGUUAUUCACACCGAUUUUGAGAAAGGCUUCAUCAUGGCCGAAGUCAUGGCUUUCAGUGAUCUGAAGGAAUUGGGCAGCGAGGCCAAUGUGAAGGCUGCGGGCAAGUACCGACAAGAAGGGAAGCUGUAUGAGGUCCAAGACGGGGACGUGAUUUUCUACAAGUUCAAUCUUGGCAAGGGCAAGUGA